AUGAAGAAAUUCUUUUGGAAGAGUAUUCGGGGCCACCAUGCGGCAAGCGCUGAAGGUUUGGCUCUGUCUGCGGCGGUGCCUACGUCUUCUGGCCUCGCGUUUAUUGAUAACUCGCGAGGUGCCUCUGCUGCAACAGCCGACCUGUCAAGGGCUCUUGAUACUGUGCUAGACCAGAUUGAACCAGAUGCGCAUCUUGUGUCUAUUGCCUGGAAGUGCGCUCUGGACGUGUAUGAUGAUCCCUCAGCCUCAGUUCCUCAGAAUGGUUGCCAGAACUAUGAAUUCACGCGCGAUUAUGUCGUCGUGCCGUCCGUUGGUGGCACUGUCAAAGCGAUGAUAUCCACUAUUGUAGCUCCGCGAGAUGGCGUCGACCCGGACAACAAGUUCUCGCCAACGCUUGUUAUCGCAGUUCGAGGGAGUGCGAGUCCUGUGGACCAUAUGGUGAACGCGAAUGCGGAGCCAAAAAGCGUUGCGAACUUCAUCAAGCUCUGCAAUGAGAAUAUCGGCCAUAUUUCCCCUAAAUCUCACACUCCGGCUGUCGUUGACUGCAAAGCCCAUUCCGGAUUCCUGAACAGCGCCGAGACCCUGAAUGCCAUAUGUUCCCAGAGAAUCGACGAGUAUAUCCACAAAGCUGGCAGCGAGCGUUGUCAUAUUCUCUUUACUGGGCACUCCGCCGGCGGCGCGGUUGCCUCUUUACUCUACUUGCGCCAUAUUUCCAACCAAAUUCCUGCGCCCAGUUCCGCCAUCCGUCUUUCUUGCAUCACAUUCGGGGCACCACCCGUCGUUGACUCUCCGGCACUGGCCUUCCAUCCGCAGCACCAGCAGUCCGGCGGAGUUUGUAUAAACUUUAUCAACGAAUUUGACAUGGUUAGUCGGGCGGAUCACCCAUAUAUCAUAUGCCUGGUCAACCUCCUGCGGUCACUCCACGGGAUGCCGCCCUUUGGCUCGGAUGAGGGGAAUGUUCACGUAGCCCCUGCUCCGGAGGUCCUAAACCCAGAGACAAAAGCCUCCGACUCAGCAAACGUUUGGCCAGUAACGCCAUGCUACUACCAUCAUGUUGGCCCUCGCAUUAUCCUUCUAAAACGCCUCGAACAAGCUUCUCAAUCCGAGGGAUACUUGCUCAAGCUGGGAGCUAUGAUUGUCCCACCGGAAGAAUUCGAGAAAUUGCUAUUUUGCAGAUUGGCGGUGCACCGAAGAGUAAGUUAUGCGGAGAGAGUGCAGAUGAUUGAAGAGGGGAAGUUCAACGAACGGAGCGGUUGGGAUGUAUAG